AAUGACAUCAUUUCAGCCAACGCGUAUAGAGCUGUCUGCUGACCUGCCGUAUCAGAAUUACAAAUGUGAUAAACCGAACGCAGCAUUGCGGUGCUCUGCUAUUUUCCAACACGAAGAAAGGGGUCAUUUAACCGAUCAAGAAUUUUGAAAUAGGCGUAUACGGGAAUUUACGGAGGAACUCAGCUUUGUAAAAGUUUUAGUUACACCAAGGUCCUGAGGCGCCCAGGCUGUGCCUCCUGGUGCCUCCCUUUGUCGCUGUAGAAACAAGAUGGCUCCCGUUUUGGAGAAGAAACUCCUGGGCGCAGCCGGGGCUGGCGACACCAUGGAUAAUAACUCUGAGGAUGAAGAGGGACAGAACCUUUGGACUUCUAUUCUUAGUGAAGUUUCCACACGGUCAAGUUCUAAACUGCCAUCGGGGAAAAACAUAUUGGUGUUUGGAGAGGAUGGGUCAGGAAAGACGACACUCAUGGCAAAGCUACAGGGAGCAGAGCACAACAAGAAGGGCCGCGGCCUGGAGUACCUCUACCUGAACGUCCAUGACGAGGACAGAGACGACCUCACACGCUGCAACGUGUGGAUCCUGGACGGGGACCUCUACCACAAAGGGCUGCUGAAGUUCGCCGUGUCCCAGGAGUCGCUGAACGACAGCCUGGCCGUGCUGGUGGCGGACAUGAGCCGGCCCUGGACCAUCAUGGAGUCCCUGCAGAAGUGGGCCAGUGUGCUGAGAGACCACGUGGACAAGCUGAAGAUCCCGCCCGAGGACCUGAGGGAGAUGGAGCAGAGGAUGAUGAAAGCUUUCCAGGAGUAUAUGGAGCCAGAGCAAGCCGACAGCACGCCGACCUCUCCCCAGAGACGAGCCCCUGUGGUCGGGGGAGAAGACGAGGGGGUGCUGCUCCCUCUCGGAGACAACGUCCUCACACACAACCUGGGCAUUCCAGUGCUAAUUGUUUGCACAAAGUGUGACGCUGUCAGCGUGUUGGAGAAGGAGCAUGACUACAAAGAGGAGCACUUUGACUACAUCCAGUCCCACAUCAGACGAUUCUGCUUACGAUACGGAGCUGCCUUGAUCUACACCUCGGUGAAGGAGGAGAAGAACCUGGACCUCCUCUACAAAUAUAUAGUGCACAAACUCUACGACUUCCACUUCACCACGCCCGCCUUAGUGGUCGAGAAGGACGCAGUGUUCAUUCCGUCCGGAUGGGACAACGAGAAGAAGAUUGCCAUCUUGCACGAAAACAUCAACAACUUAAGACCUGAUGACCCGUUCGAAGACGUCAUCGGGAACCCACCAGUCCGGAAGUUGGUGCACGAUAAAGAAGUGUGUUCUGAGGACGAGCAGGUCUUCCUUAUGAAACAGCAGUCUCUGCUAGCCAAACAGCCUGCCACACCCACGAGAGGAACAGAGUCACCUACACGGACCGCCUCUGCCUCGCCCCGGCCCACUGGUCGCCCCGGCCCCACUAACGUGGCUAGCGUGUCGCCCAUGACGACGGUGAAGAAACCGGACCCCAACAUGAAGGGGGCGGCGGCGAAUGAGGGAGUGCUGGCCAACUUCUUCAACAGCCUGCUGAGUAAGAAGACCGGCUCCCCUGGGGCCCCCGGGUCCCCUGGCUCCCCUAACCCGGCGGCAGGCGUCCAGGGAUCUGCCAAGAAAACAGGGCAGAAGCCGGUUUUGACUGACGUCCAGGCGGAGUUGGACCGCAUGACUCGCAAACCCGACACCAUGGUAACGGCCAACAACACCCCACCGACGGAGAACGAGGCGUGACCGCACCUAACAGCAACGUCCUUCAAAAACAAA